GAUCACUACUGCGGGAGAUCCAAAGAAGACGUGCCUUCAGCUUCCCAAAUACUGCUCCGAACAGAUUUGGAACCCUAUAUCGGUCGCCUUCAGAUCUUCUUCCUCUGACCCCGAGCUCCGCUCCCUGGAAAUAGGUAUUAUAUGAUAUGGUCACCUACAAACGAAAUGGAUAAAUUCCAAGCUCCUAUGCUCUAGAGUAUUGAUUAAUCCUCCUGUAGGCUCAGCGUGCGCCUUGUCUCCCAGGCAAAUAUCUCGUGACAUAUGCAUACUCGCUCUAUUGACUCCUACUGGUCUAGGCAAUACUCAUGGGAAAAGGUGUCAGCCAAGAAUGGUUUGAGCUCUCCCUACAAGUCGUUGAAUUAUCACGCUCACGAUGUUGACCAUGCGUCGCGCACGCGCUCCAGUGUCGAAGGAGAUGUUGCACGUACACGUCAAAUACGUCCGGUAACGCCUAUCACACCCAUAAAGUGUAUAUCAUCCAGCUACAAGAAGCUCUUUCACGAAUUGCCCUGGGAAAGCCCUCAGGGUUCACCGAGGUCCGUAGCUGCCAGCGACCAUUCGAACACACAGUCACCGCCGUCGUCCUGGAGUAUGCCAUCUCAGUCGGAGUCAUCUAGCCAACAGGGCACUGCUUGGAGCCAGGCUUCUUCCGCUGAUCGCACUAGUCCAUCCAUGUCUAAUCAAUAUAUUUCGAGUCAAUCUCGGGUCCAACACUCUUCCUUCCUAAACGAUGGUCAAACGAGGUCAUACCACCUUGAUGUCGUGCAACAUCCCCAAAGAACCGCGGAAUUUGGUUCUGCUAGCCUCUCCCGUUUGCCACUAGCUCCGCCAGUAAUCGUGCAACUGACUGUACGCGAUCGCUUUGGAAAUUCCAUCAUUCCUGAGAUGGAGCUGCCAUUCUUGAUCGCCCACUUGUCACUAUUCACGGAUGAUGGGUCACCGUUGGAUAUGGGCACCUCACCAAACGGAGAGGCACCUCCGCGGCGUUUGCUUUACGGAAACCUAGUGUCGUCACCUCAGAAAUUGCGCGACCUUCAGGGCCGUCUUGGAUUAUAUUUUCUGUUCCCCGACGCGAGUAUACGUUGGCGCGGCCGCUUCCAGCUCGGGAUCUCUCUAUUACGGAUAUCAGAGACUAAUGCUUCUGGUACUAUGAGUAUUGCAUCUCAGGGGACUGUGCUUGCACAGACUCGCACACGGUCAUUUGAUGUCUGUGCCCAUGAAAAUUACGUCGCACCGCCCAUUACACGCUUAACGCAAAGCUUUUUGAGACAGGGUGCACGAAUCCAUGCCUUCACGCCAAAUGGUCCUUAGACCCUAGAAUUUGCGUUCGGACUUUCCGACGCAUGUUGGUCACUUUCGCAUAACCUUCGCAUUUUUUUUUCGUUUUCGCUUUCUGCUGUAUAUCAUAGUCGGUGCACUCAUUCGACCUUUCUAUACUGACACCUGUUUCUGUUAUUUCUUGUCGCUGCAUGGUGCUCUCGACCUGCUGACUGCAUAUAUCAUCUGGCUAUAAUUGCAAACACACGUUGAGGAGAUAAGUUAGAUUAUUCAAUUAGAGUUUGCAUGCUGCAUCGUUC